UCUCGCGUCGGUGGAGGAAGCACGCGCGUGUGUGUGCGUGUGUGCGUGUGUGUGUUCGCGUGUGUACGUCAGUCUCUCUCCGUGUUUGCGUUUAUAGUGGACAUUAUCUUGCCUCGCUUACGUGCACAAACACACACGAACAUACUUACAUAGCGCGUGUGUGCGUGUGUGUGCGUGCGUGCGUGUGUGCGUGUGUGCGUGUGGGUACAUUUCCCUGCUCCGUACAGGAUGGGCGGGAAGGCACGGGCGGAGGAUGGGCGGUGGCUGAUACCCGGGGGCGUGACUCUCUCCCUCCUUGCUCUCCUCAUGCUGUCUUGGUACUGGAGAAGAAGAAGAAUGGUAAGGCUAAUUAACAAGUUACCUGGUCCACCUGGUCUCCCGCUGCUGGGCAAUGCUCUCGACGUUAAUAUAGACAUUGUUGAUCUGUUUCCCCUUGGAUGUCUCGUCACCAGAGAAUUCGGCCCCAUUUUCAAAGUGUGGCUGGGAACAACACCUCUCGUUGUCAUCAGUGGGGCGAGGCAGGCUGAGAUCAUUCUAAGCAGUCAAAAGCACAUACAGAAAAGUCACCAGUAUGAAUUUUUUCACCCCUGGCUUGGUAACACUGGUUUAUUCGUGGCCAACGCUGACACGUGGCCCCAGAGACGCAAGCUCCUCACCCCAGCCUUCCAUUUAAAGAUCCUGGGGGAAUUUUUGGAAGUGUUUCAUCGCCAGAGUCUCAAGAUGGUGGACAAACUGGGCGAGGCUGCUGUGGGAGGAAAGCUGGUCGAUGUGUUCCCUUUUAUCACCAAUUGCACUCUGGAUGCGAUCUGCGAGACGACCAUGGGCUGCUCAAUCAAUGCUCAAGACAACCCGGAGUCUGAGUAUGUGGAGGCCGUGCAUAGGAUGCAACAGCUGGUCCAACAAAGGAUGCUUAUAGUGUGGCUGCAGCUGGACGUGAUAUUCAAGGCCCUAGGGUACGGCAAACAGCAAGACUCCCUCUUAAGGACCCUCCACUCCUUCACUCGGACCAUCAUCAAGAGGCGGCGCAAGAUGUUUGAAGAGCGGCGGAAAGAUGGCGCUGAUAACACUACCCGUAAGAAGCCCCGCCUCGCCUUCCUGGACCUGCUACUGGAGUACUCAGCAGACGGGGCGGUGUUGUCAGAGGAGAGCAUUCGAGAGGAGGUGGAUCUGUUUGUGUUCGCCGGCCACGACACCACUGCGGUCGCCAUCAGCUGGUUCCUCUACCUGAUGGGACGACACCCCGAGGCCCAGGCCAGGGUGCAGGAGGAGCUGGACACAAUCUUCCAAGGGUCAGACCGCGUGGCCACAGUGGAGGACCUGAGGAACAUGAGGUACACGGAGAACUGUAUCAAGGAGGCGUUGCGGCUGUUCCCCUCAGUGCCUUACAUCGGCAGAGUGCUCAAGGAAGACGUCACUAUAGACGGCUACUGCAUUCCGAAGGGCACCACAAUCUUCAUCUUCAACUACGCACUGCACAGGGACGCCUCGGAGUUCCCUGACCCUGAAAAGUUUGACCCAGACCGCUUCCUGCCUGAGAAUGUGGCCAAGAGACACCCCUUCUCGUACAUACCGUUCAGUGCUGGCCCCAGGAACUGUAUUGGUCAAAAAUUCGGAAUGAUGGAGGAAAAGAUCACAGUAGCCAACCUGCUCCGUAGAUACACUGUAGAGAGCAAGACACCGAUGGACGAGUUGAAGUUACGCAGCGAGAUUGUCUUACGCCCCGAUGAAGGAAACUUAGUGUACUUGCACCCGAGAUGUGACAAGGGAAGGAAAGCAAGAGAAGACAAGACAGGGGAAGCUUGUGGUGAUAUCGUCUCAAGGGCCAAAGAAGAAGAGGAGGAGGAGAAGGGUGGUGUACAAGAGGAAGAGGUGAAUGACGGGGGGGUGAAGGAAGGGGUAAUAAAGAGGGGAACAGAAGGAGAGGAAGUGAGGUGUAGAGGCACAUGUGUUUCCCUGUAUCCCGAGCCCAAGGAGUCCCCGCUGGUCACUCCCUGGCGGUCGUGGAAGGAGAGGGUCUGA